AUUUCGAAUUUCGUUGCGAUGGAUCCAAACCAAGGCGGAGAGAAGAAACAGAGAAGAAAGAGAAAGAGCCUGAAAGAAAUGGCCCGCUCUCUGGCUGUGGUACCAUGCGAAAGCGUACAGUCGAUUCACACGAAGCCGACGACGGCGACUGUGAGCGCCGUUAGGGAGCAGUGGGAGGUCCACUUCGCUCGCUUCUUCCCCUAUCCUCCUCCUCCGAUCAUCUCCACGUGUCCCGAUCUCGUGCCUCUGGAUCCCAAGUACAGAAGGCGACGGCCACUUGACCGCUGGAUCUCUUCGUCCUCCUUAGCUCGGCUCCAACUUGCUCGCGAUCAUUCCAACUCCGACGUCGUCCUCACCGUCGGUUUCGCGGACAAGAUUCUGGAGGAGCACUAUGUUUCCAAGCUACAUUUUAUCUGGCCUCAGGUUUCAUGCAUGUCUGGAUUUCUUGCCAGGGGUACCAGAGCCAUCUUUGUCAGCUACAGAGAUUGCUACAUGGGACAAAAUAAUUCGAAACUCACGAUGUCCUUGUGUUACAUAUUCUUUGCAGAUCCAGAAAUUUGGUUUUCGAUUUUUGUCUCUCCAUGA